UAAGGGGGCGCCGCGAUGGGCCAAGGGGACGAGAGCGAGCGCAUCGUGAUCAACGUGGGCGGCACGCGCCACCAGACGUACCGCUCGACGCUGCGCACGCUGCCCGGCACGCGGCUUGCCUGGCUGGCGGAGCCGGACGCCCACAGCCACUUCGACUAUGACCCACGCGCCGACGAAUUCUUUUUCGACCGCCACCCGGGCGUCUUCGCUCAUAUCCUGAACUAUUACCGCACCGGCAAGCUACACUGCCCGGCCGACGUGUGCGGGCCGCUCUACGAGGAGGAACUGGCCUUCUGGGGCAUCGACGAGACGGACGUGGAGCCCUGCUGCUGGAUGACGUACCGCCAGCACCGCGACGCCGAGGAGGCACUGGACAGUUUUGGCGGCGCGCCCCUGGACAACAGUGCCGACGACGCGGAUGCCGACGGCCCCGGCGACUCGGGCGACGGCGAGGACGAGCUGGAGAUGACCAAGAGACUGGCGCUCAGUGACUCCCCAGAUGGCCGGCCUGGUGGCUUCUGGCGCCGCUGGCAGCCGCGCAUCUGGGCGCUGUUCGAGGACCCCUACUCAUCCCGCUAUGCGCGGUAUGUGGCCUUGGCCUCCCUCUUCUUCAUCCUGGUCUCCAUCACAACCUUUUGUCUGGAGACCCAUGAGCGGUUCAACCCCAUCGUGAACAAGACGGAGAUUGAGAAUGUUCAAAAUGGCACCCAAGUGCGAUACUACCGGGAAGCAGAAACCGAGGCCUUCCUCACCUACAUCGAGGGCGUCUGUGUGGUCUGGUUCACCUUCGAGUUCCUUAUGCGUGUUGUCUUCUGUCCCAACAAGGUGGAGUUCAUCAAGAACUCACUCAAUAUCAUUGACUUUGUGGCCAUCCUCCCCUUCUACCUGGAAGUGGGCCUCAGUGGCCUGUCCUCUAAAGCUGCCAAGGACGUGCUGGGCUUCCUGCGCGUCGUCCGCUUCGUGCGCAUCCUGCGCAUCUUCAAGCUGACCCGCCAUUUCGUGGGCCUUCGGGUCCUGGGCCACACGCUCCGUGCCAGCACCAACGAGUUCCUGCUGCUCAUCAUCUUCCUGGCCCUGGGGGUCCUCAUCUUUGCCACCAUGAUCUACUACGCUGAGAGGAUAGGGGCACAGCCCAAUGACCCCAGCGCCAGCGAGCACACACACUUUAAAAAUAUUCCCAUCGGCUUCUGGUGGGCUGUGGUCACCAUGACGACCCUGGGCUAUGGAGACAUGUAUCCUCAGACGUGGUCUGGGAUGCUGGUGGGGGCGCUGUGUGCCCUGGCAGGAGUGCUGACCAUUGCCAUGCCGGUACCCGUCAUCGUGAACAAUUUCGGGAUGUACUACUCUUUAGCCAUGGCUAAGCAGAAACUACCAAAGAAAAAAAAGAAGCAUAUUCCACGAGCACCACAGCUGGGAUCUCCCAAUUACUGUAAAUCUGUCGUAAACUCUCCUCACCACAGUACUCAGAGUGACACAUGUCCGCUGGCCCAGGAAGAAAUUUUAGAAAUUAACAGAGCAGAUUCCAAACUGAAUGGGGAGGUGGCGAAGGCCGCGCUGGCGAACGAAGACUGCCCCCACAUAGACCAGGCCCUCACUCCCGAUGAGGGCCUGCCCUUUACCCGCUCGGGCACCCGCGAGAGAUACGGACCCUGCUUCCUCUUAUCAACUGGGGAGUACGCGUGCCCACCUGGUGGAGGAAUGAGAAAGGAUCUUUGCAAAGAAAGCCCUGUCAUUGCUAAGUAUAUGCCGACAGAGGCUGUGAGAGUGACUUGACCAGGCGGCUUGGCCGAGGACACUGGUGGCUAUUAAGCAUCUGGGUGGACCUGCAGCCCCUCCUCACCCUCGGACAGAGUAAAUUCACGCCAUGCAGGUUUGCCGGACGAGUCCGAGUGGCCCAGGCAUUGUACUAAGACGGACGUAGCUUUUUCUACGGCCAUUGGUAACUGACCGUAGCGGAUCACCCUUCCUUCAUUUUUCUUAGAAGUUACCUUUUCUUUGGGGAGGGGGGUGAAGGGAAGCCUUAGCAUGACUUGCAUGAAGUUAAACAGAAAACCCAGCUAAACCAAACCCACCAGCCCCUGCUGUGAC